AUGGAAGUAAAACAAACUUUAAGUUCUCAUUCUUUACAAGUACUGAACAGAAUAAGACAUAAAGGUUUACUUUGCGAUGCUGUUUUAAAUACUGAUGAUGGAGGACAGUUCCAAAUUCACAAAUGUAUAAUGGCUGCUUACUCUGAUUAUUUUGAAAUCCUAUUCACGUUUACGAUUUAUGGAAAAGACAAACAUUCCUUUUUAAUGUAUGAUGUCAACAAAGAUAUCUUAGAAAGAAUCAUCGAAUAUAUUUAUGAAGGUCACAUUAAAUUGGAAUGGGAUAACGCCCGAGAAGUAUUCACUGCUGCUGAGCAAUACCUUAUGGAAGGUUUGGUGUUAGACUGUUUAAUAUUUUUCGAACUGGAGUUGAACAUUCAAAACUGUCUUAUAAUAAGGGAAUUCACAAAGACGUAUCAAUACCCAAAAUUUGAAGAAUUAAUCGAAGACUAUUUAUUGAAAAACUUCGUAGAUAUAGCUACCAAAACUGCGCAGAUAAUGGACCUCACAUUUUUUGAGAAUUAA